AUGGCCGUCGAUCAGAAUGAUGCUCUUGAUGCCAUCAACAAGAGCAAGUUCAAGGAUCUACCUCCAAUUCAGACUACCUUCAAGGACAAACCUCUGCCUGCUAUAAAAGAGCCUGUUCAAGAUAGUGGGAGAAGCACUCCAAAUUCGAUUCGAACUGGACGCGCACACCGACGAUUGAAUCCAAAAUCUAGUCUAUUCAGUCUUUUCAGCAGACCAAGAGUUGAAAAGCAAAGAGGAUUCAACGAGUCCGGGUAUGCUGUUACUCCAAUCAUUGAGCCUGGAAGAGCUAUACCAAGUCCGGAUCCACCAAUCGCUUCCAAUAAUGGCUCACAAGCGCUGUAUUCUCGACCCAGCACUUCAAUGUCAAUCCACGAGGAUCGUCGAAAUCUAGCGCGAAGCCGUACGACAACUUCUUCUGAUGAAGUCAGAGAAGAGGAAGAUACUCCAAUGUUGCCCUCACUGUUCGACAUAUAUUCAGACUCGAGCAAGGUUACCAUUGCACAAGCCAUUGAUGAAUCUGGUCAGUCUCGCCUUAGCAGGCCUCGCAAAUCGAACGCAUCGCACAUCAUACCGGCACACAUCCACGAAGAGAGAAGAGGCAGUGUCGAGAGUAUCAAAGGCGAAUACAAAGCACAAAGUAGAAGUGGAAGCGGAAGGAACUCGCUCAGUCAAGGACCUUACCAGAGAAAGAUCUUCGCACUUUCCAACGAUGCUAUGAUCCUUCAGUAUCCUGAAAAGGGCGGUGGUGAAAGACUGCCAGAAAGGGCUCUACAACUAGGUCCGGAGUCUGUCGCUUUCGCUUGUGAUCUGGUUCCCGGAAGACCAUAUGUUCUACAGGUUGAUCAGAAGUCAACUGCUACUUCAGAUCCCCAUAUGGCCCCUUCUCAGACAUCACUCCUUAUGAAGAUUGGACUAAAAGACAAUCUCCCGCGUGUGGGCGACCACAGUAUACUGAUCAUUCUGGAUACAGCCGAGGAGCUUACUUCCUGGAUGAACGCAGUCAGAAAGCAGAUACAGCUUCUAGGUGCUGUUAUGGGCGAUGGACUUAAGCCGGAAGGUGUUGAGAAGCUAAGCACCAUUGCCCCCAAGCUACGUGUCAAACAACGCACAUCUACCAACCAACAAGACCAGCCAUCUUUCACGAACUUCUCGUUCCCUACUAGCAGUCCUGAGAUAGGGACCACCACUAGACCGAGACGCGAUUCGAGUGCUGCAGCCACAAUAGCCACUCAGCCUGAAGUGGCUGAAUUGCACUCAUACACAAGGAGGAACUCGAAUGCGGCCCUCUCGCGAAAGUCUCUACCAGAUCGCGACAACGUCGAAAGACUCAGGAAGAUGGCUUCCUUUGACACGAAUGACUCCCCUCUCUCCGUCACUACUCACGACUCGGCUGUCAGUUUUGGCAUGAGUGCAGGAAAGCGCAUGAUUCGUGACAGAAAUACUUCGCAAAAGUCCUCGGUAGGAAGUUUGCAUGAUCAAUUCAACACCGACAGCCCCGUCCUCCCGAGAUCAGUGACGACCGGUCAACUCCAGAGACCAAACCCCAGUGCUAUAAUCGGCAGACCUCGUCCGGACUCUUUUGUUGCGGACUUAUCUCUACUUUGGCCAGCACGCAAACCCUCUGAAGGAUCCGCACAACUCACGAACCAGCAAACGCCUUCACCACCAAUGAAGCGUUUACCACUGAAGGUCAACCCUUACUCUGACAGCAUGUCUCUACCUAGACAAAGGUCUUCACAAUCGCCACAGAAGCCAGCUCCCCCACCUACGAGAGCAUUACCAGCGCUACCAACAAUGCAUUCAAGACCGGUCGAGAAUUUCUCCCGCAAGCCUCAGCGCACAUCUUCAGUCAAGCUGUCGCUCUUUCCUAGUGCUGAUGUUUUGNNGCUAACCCGACAUCUGUCGCUCCUCCUGCCAAAACACUUCCGCCUUCCCCCUCCCAUGACACUUCCACCAUCACCAGCCGACGAGAUGAAAAGAUCUCAAGAUCGUCCUCUUCGCCGACCAGCUAGUAUUCAAAUUCGCCCCAACCACGCUCCAUUCCUCUCUUCAAUCCGCCCCAAGACGGCUGGAAACCGCCCUCAGCUCUCAAAGGCUGGAUCUGUACCAUGUCUCCGAGACGCGAGUAAUUUGCCGAGAGUCCCGAUGGUUGAGAAGCCAUCUUCAUCACCUCUACCACCACUUGAUCUAGGCAUGCCUAUCGUUGGUCUAGCACCACCAGCACCGCCUCCAUCACUUCCACUUCCCCAACUGCCGCCUGGUGCGAGGGCAUUAGCAGUCUGA